GCUGAGGGAGCAGGACUGCGCUCAGUGUGUGCUCAGAGGUGGCGGGAAGCGUGUAUCCGCGCUCGCCUUCCGGGUCUGGAUCACCAAACAUGUCUCCUUUCUCCUGCUCCUCCUCCUCCCGCUUCUCCUCCUCCUCCUCCUCUUGCCCCCUUAGCUGCAGGUGUGUUUCGUGAGCGCCCGCCGCGAGCAGGUGUAUGUGCGUAAUGGUGGGUAACACAGGUGCUCGCAGUGUGGUGACAGUGUGUAAGCGUUAACUGCACUCGUGAACAUAUCUCUUCAUUAUAUAAACUAUGCCGUUUGUGGAAGUGGAAAAAAGGUUCACGUGUUGCGAAGACAAAUAGACACAACAAAGUGAGAUAUGAACAUGGUGUGUGUUUGCGCUAGAGAAUAACAAAUUGAAAAAUCAAGCUCCCCCAACAAAUAACAAGUGCACACACACACACACACACACACACACACACACACACACACACACACACACACACACAGACUGCUGGGGCAUAUAAACUGUUGCUGCAGAGAGGCGGCCUCGUGCGAUACGGACUAAGCCGCUGUACUGAAUAAUCACUAAGUCAGCUGAGCACCAGGUAAUGUCAGUGGCACACAUGCGGCGGCUUCUCCACCGAACACGCAUUUUCCCCAUCGACCAAGCCGAUUAACCGUGCAUCAGCGUGUUUCUCCAGCAAGCCGCCACGAGACCCAACAGUUAACAAAGACAAAACAACCUAGAGUACCGGUGACCCAGUAACUCCUUGCCUUGGUGUGUCUGGUUACUGGUAUACCAUCUCAUCGACCCCACUACCAUCUACCACUUUGACGACUCCCCGCUCCAUCAUCCCCACUAGGAUGUCACACAAGAGUGCCGCUGCAGCACUGCCGCCCACCACUGACAUCCUGCCACGCCCCUAGCCUUUCUCUCCGCGGCGGACGAGGGGGAGCUAGCGUAAUGGUGGGCGUGUAUGAGGUGGGCAAGUGGGGGUGGGUGGCCCGCUCCUCGCCCACGGAUAGAACGAAGAACAAGCAACUGAGCAUCCAUGUUAUCUCUGAUGGCAUUACGCGGCUGCCCAUUCUCGAAGGGGAGAUCUCCCACAUCGAGAUUCCCCGCCGACAUCCUGCCCUCGGUCUCACCAUCGUGGGCGGAGCCGACACCCCGCUGCGGUGCGUGGUAGUGCAGGAAGUGUUCCCGGACGGGCUGGUGGCGCAGGAUGGCCGCCUUCAACCUGGCGACCAGAUCAUUGAGGUGGACGGCGUGGACAUGACCUCGGCGACCCACCAGGCCGUGUGUCAGGCCCUGCGGCGGCCCAACUCUGUGCUCCGGCUUGGCGUGUACCGCGAGAGGAUCGAGGCAUACCGCACCUCACCGCACGCAAGGCACGAUGACCUAAACGGCACGCCAGUGGAAUGUACGGAACAAGGUGAGAUGAUGGCCGUCACGCUGCGCAAGGAGAGUAACCGUCAACUGGGGCUGAAGCUUGGGGGACGCCGCACCGAACCCGGCAUCUUUGUGAUGGAAGUGCUGGAGGGCUCUGUGGCAGCACAGGACGGGCGCCUCCACCCGCAUGACCGCAUCCUGGCCAUCAACGGCGCGGACGUGCGGUAUGCUCGCCUUGACCAUGCUUCCACCCUCAUUCAUGAGUCUCAGAACCGAGUGAGCCUCGUGGUGCGGCGAGGGCCAGGUCCUGCAGCCUUCGAGUACAGCAGUCGUGCCACUGUCUCUUCGCCCGAGUGCCCGCCCCACACCUGGCGCCGCAGUCCCAGUGAGAACGGAUCUCAAGGUUCGCAUGGGGACGAACCGAGCGUCAGUGAGGGAGGAUGUGGAGGUGGCCCUCUGCAAUACGGCCGCUCAGCCUCUUGCGAUUCUCUUAGCGACCACAGUCUCGUAUCCUCCAUGCUCUCCUCCCCCAGCACUGGCCUCCCCUCCGACGCGGGGGGAGGAACUAGUUCUCCUCCUAGAGGUGGAUCUCCUAUAACGUCUUCUCCAAGUUACUACACUUCCGACACUGAUGAUGUAGAGAUACACCCCCAUCAGGCGGCAGGGGAUCCACACUACCAAGGCCAUCAUCAUCCUCACCAGCCUGGAGUGAGUCCCCAAGCAGACCACACCAUUCACACCACCUCCAUAUCCCUGCCAGUCACCCCAAGGGGGGGUCAAGCUCCCGAAGAUACACAUGACUUCGCAGCAGGACUGAGGCGACUCUUGCACUCAGAGAACAAUCAUCUACAACAGAAGAAUGUCACCAUAAAAAAGGCCACGAGGGAGAGUCUAGGCAUGAGGAUAGGCGGUGGUCUGGGCAGCAACGAAGGGGACACGCCAAUCUACAUUGCAAACAUCAAUCCGCAGGGACCCGUCGGCCGUCGGCGCAACGUUAAAAAAGGGGACGUGGUGCUGUCAGUAAAUGGUCAGUCACUGGUGGGCCUAACGCACGGCCAGGCCGUGGCGCUGCUCAAGGCUACGGCUGAGUUGGCAGGCGUCACUCUCUCGCUCCUGGACGGACCAGAGACCUCAUUAGGUUCGGCUAACUUCGUACCGUCGUGGUUGUUCUGGCAGAAGCUCCCUCGUUCUCUGCACGUGUCUAAGAGCGUGGUGCUGCACCGUGCACCAGGGGCGUCGCUUGGCUUUAGCAUUGUGGGCGGUGCCGACCCACAGCGCGGCACGGAGCCCAUCCACGUACUGUUCGUGGUGCAGUCGUCGCCAGCAGCGGCUGACGGCAAACUGCGCUGCGGUGACCGGCUGUUGGCGGUGGACGGCCACUCGCUGGAGCUGGUGCGGCACGCCUCUGCCGUGGCCUUACUGAAGCAGGCCGGCCAGAGGGUGCACCUGCAGGUUGUGUCCUGGCUGGGCACGGAGCUGUGACCUACACCGCACACUACAUCAAUCCACUCGCAGCCAGAACUUCCAAAACUUCCCUUAACCUUUGAUCAGGUCAUGUGUUUCGCCAAGAUUUUGAUAAUUAUAUCAUUUAUAUGCUAUGUCACAUGUGUCGCCAUGAAAUCACCCAAAGUAGGCAAUUACAUGUCGUGCCAUCUAACACACGAUUUUUCUGUCAUGAAAUAUAAUUCAGUGAUCAUCAAUGUCAAAUUCUGUUAUUGAAGUAUUUCACAUGGAGAAACAUGAGCGUCAUAUGCAUAAACUAAAGAGCAAUGUGUGGCUACAUUGCCUGGCCUUUUGAUGGGAUCACACUCGUCUUCAGCCAGAAGCUCACAUUCAGUACUCUAGAGGUCAUGAGACCUCGUGUUCCUGAUUUCACAUACAUACAUAUUCAUGCUAGUCACAUGCAUACAGUGACAAUGCUACAGCAUCAGCCACCCCAGUAAUCAACAUGGAAAUGAGUACGAGACCCCUCUCUGAAUGGUGGUCCAUUGAUUAAGACAAGGCCAAUAUUCGAUUCAAGUAAUGGUGAGGCUUCGAGCUCUAUAAACCACUCAUUUGUAAACACGCCGAACUUCCCCCCCAUCCCCCAACACCUCUCUCUCUCUCUCAAUAACUGCUGCUGCUAACUCUAAAUUGCCAAUGCAUGCCCAUGCUAAAACACAUUCGAAUUUCAUUAACAGAGGUUGUCAGCUUACGAUUUUCAAGAUUAAACCCAAUGCUAGUACACCAUACACUAGUAUCAGAAAACGGUAGAAGCUAGGAAACUCAACUUGCCAGUCAUCAUUACAACAUCCCAUAAACACUCACCAAGCCCAUAAAUCUAUCUGGUAGUUCAUGACAUGCUAUCAUUAGUACAAGAAGCAGAAUUUCUACAUGAUAUACAAAAACGAUGGAAAGGUUUUACCU